AUGGCGAAGCCAAAACAGUUGCUAAAACAAGCGGCAAAGCCUAAGCAAAAGAAGGAGCAGACAUUCAAUACUGCAGACGACUAUCUUGCAGCUGGCGUGGAGCAUGAAGAAGCUGCAGGAAAGUGGCGAGCGGGGGAUGCCGCCAAGUCAAUGAGAUUCUUCCAGCGUGCCAUCGAGGCAUACGAUCAAGGCUUGAAAGCAUUCCCAUCGAGUUUGGACCUCGCUUACAACAAGGCACGAGUUUUAGUCGAGGUUGCGACACACCCUAUUCUGGUUGCGCAACUAAAAGCUCCUCUUUUAGACGCACUAAAGUUUGCUCUAGAUGCUCACCAGUACGCUUUGAAGCUUGACCCGGAAAAUGCAGACGCUCUCUUCAACACUGCACAAGUGCUGACCAGUAUCGCGGAGGAGAUCGCUAACAACGAUGACAUUCCCGACAAGGAGGCGCUCAAACUACUCCAGGAAGCUCUAGAGCUACAGUCAAAAUGUUAUUCGAUUCAAGAGCUUAAGCUUGAGGAGAGCAUGGAGCAAGAACGUCAAGCCAACGAGCAAGCCGCCGAGUUGGAGGAUGAAACAGAAACGACAGCGACAGAUGAACAGCAGCCCGACCAGGGAUCAAACGACGAGGAUGAUCAGUGGUUCGCAGUUGUCGAGCCGGUGACCCGCGACAGUCUGAUCGAUACCUUGGUUGCACAGUUCAACACUCUCACCACAUUGUGUAGCAUUUUGACCGAUGCCCCUGAGAUUGCUCCCCCAGCGACCUUGCCGAUGAUCGAAGAAUACUCGUCAAAUCUUGUGCAGAGAAUUCCGGGGAUCUCUCAAGACAAGCCAGAGAGAUUGCAGGAAAUAUCUCUGUCCAAAGCGAAUUUCAUCUCCGUCCUCCUCGAAGCUGGCUUCAAAUCGGGCAAGAUCGAUGCUACAACGUAUAAACGAGAGCGCGACACGGCCUUCACAGUGCCGGAAUUGUCGACAAAUGGCACGGCAGAGACGCUUCUUGCUAACGCUCGCUCGCUGAUAUCUUUCAACUCGGCACUUGCAGAUGCGUAUUCGAGCGAGUCAGCUGUGCGGUGGAACGCUCUUACUGAGGCCGUUCAGCAGCUCACUGCCGCCGCCAAGGUGCAAGGCACCGACCAGUCCGAAUUGGCCACAACUCACUUGCUCCGUGGAGACGCCAAUCUUUUCCUAUACGCUCUGGCACUUCCACCGGCAUCGCAUCAGGCGGCGAUUACGAACGCUGGUCAACUGACAAAGAAUUCUGAAGUGUUUUACCGCAAUGCAAGCAAGCUAUCAGGAACUCGAGAGGAGAAGGCAACCGCGAGUCUACGAUCGGUCGUCGCUCAACACUUGCAACAGCAGAUAUCGCAAGGAACUGCUCUGGACAUAGGAGCUAUAGUGAGUGCAAGCUCGAAUGGACCGCAGUGGGCAUUGGAACAGCUGGAGGAUAUGAUGGCCGAGGGCCUGCUUCCGCAAAGUUUAGCAAUCUAG